AUGAAUCUCAUAGUAUCUUUCGUUUUUCUCUUCCUAUGUCUUCCGCAAAUAUUUAGUUUAUUUCUACCGAAAAACAUUCUUUGUAAUCAAUCAAUUCCACUUCCUUCUAUUGAUUCAUCUAUUACAACGAAUCAGAAUUUAUCAUUAACAUUUUGCAAUCUAACUUUUAAUAUAAAUAUUCAUUUAAAUGAACAUUUCUUUUCACGAAAUAUUUCCAUUGAUAAAUCAAUAAAAUCUUCAAUAAAACAAAAUUUUACUUAUUUUGGUCAUAUCAUCGAUGAAGAUCGUUCAAGUAUAAGUUUAAUUCUUUAUCCACAAUUACAAAUCUAUAUAUAUUUAAAUGGUACAUAUUAUUAUUAUGUUUCCUCAUCAGAAAAUUCAACAAUCAUAUUAAAAUUUUCUCAACGACAAUUAUUACAAUAUUAUCCUCAAUUAGUUAACGAUAGUUUAUGGAAUAGUUUACAACAGGAAGAAGAUAUUUAUCAAAGAAAUUCAAUAAUUUUACAUGAUUUACAUUUUAUAUAUGAAUUAUUAACAUUACGAUGUGAAUCCGAUAAUUUUGAAUAUAAAACAAUGUCAUUUUGUUCAUUAGCUUUAAUUCUUGAUGAAUUAUUAUAUGAAAAAAUAUUUCAUUCAAAUAUAUAUUAUCUAUUUACAUUUAUUGAACAUUAUAAUUUUCUAUUACGUACAUUAACACGGAAUGAAUACGGAGGAUUUUUAAUUGAACGUAUAACGUUAAUAAAUCAUAUUGAAACAAAUUUUAAUGUAUCACUUGAUUUACUUCAUACGUUAGCAAAUAAUACAAAUUUUCAAUUGAAAAAUUAUUGUCUUGUUCAUCAAAUGUUAUUAUCGGAUAAUGAAAAAGAUAAUUAUAUACUUGGUUAUCAAUCAUCAAUACAUACAUAUGAUAUUGGUGGUAUAUGUUCAUCACCAUUCUCGAUAAAUAAUAAUGCAUCCGAUGAAAUUAAUCUUAAUACAGGUUUAUCAAUUGUGAAUGAAAAUUUAACAAAAGAUCUUUCAUUAUUUUUUAAUGGUUUAAUGAAAACAAGUUAUUUAUUUUUUCGACAAAUGGGUUUAAAUUUAACUUUAUGUUCAAUAAAUGCAACUCGAAGAGGAUUUUUUCAAUUUAAUACAGAUGUAUCACCUGUUGUUCAACAUUGUAUUGAUCUUGUACCAGUCACUUUACGUUCGGCACUUAAACGACGUGCACAUCUUUGUUUUAAUUAUAUAAAUAUUUAUAAUUCAACAAAUCAAACGAUACAACAACAACAACAAGGAAUAUGUCAACAAUCAAUUGAUUCACAAUCAUCUGUACCAAUAAUAAGUGGUAAACAUCGAAAAACUCCUUAUAUUGAAAAUGCAUUAAAUAAUAAUCGACCUGGUGAAUGGUUUGAAGGAAAUAUUGUCGGAAUGAUUAUCACAUUUUCAUUAAUUAUUUGGAUACCUGUUAGUUGUUUUGUACAUUUUUGUAAAGAUGAAAUCAAUAAAAAAUCUCUUAUUGAAAAACAACAGCAACAACAACAGCAUGAAUUAGAAACAUUACCAAUAAAAUCAGUAGUCAUUGAUCAAACUAGUAUAACAAAACAAACACAAACUGACUAA